CAGUGUGUAUGUUCAGUAAAAACCAUGCAGCAAUAAGGAAACGUUGGAUCCUACAUGUGUGUGUGUGUGAGUGUGUGUGAGAGUGUGUGUGUGUGUGUGUGAGUGUGUGUGAAUGUGUGUAUGCAUGAGUGAGUGUGUGGAUAGGUCUGUGCGACCAUUCGAUCAGUUUUAAAAAGAUGUUCGAGUAUGAAGUUUUGUAACUUCGCCCGUGGGACGAGAGUCGCGGUUUUUACCAUCCUACAAUAGCACGAAGAGACGAAGCCGGCUGUGGAGGAAACGUGUGGCUCAGAGGGCCACCUGCACGCCCGGUCAAGAGGGCUCCUCUCGAAGAACAUUCCAGAAGUAACGAUGGGCCAGAUGGGAGCGUGAUCAAGUCGCCUACACCCUGCGUUGCACGUAAAGAUGGAUGCCAGUCGAUUUUUCACUCUCUGAAAUGGGCUUUCGCAAAGAUGUGUGUGGCCAUGGUGAUCAUUCACACUAAAACACUGGAAAAGAAGGGAGUCGACGAUGUAACCUCCAGAGAGCCGACCUCCGACUCGCACGAGACGUCGACCAUGAGCCAGGGAACGGCCCUGUUCUCUUGCGGAAUCAUGGACUUUGUUAGUGUCAGCCAGCGUCCCAUGGGUUCGAGUCUGGAGAGUCUGUGGGACUCUGGUGCAAGCAGCACCAGUUCCAUCAGUGGCCUUCUGCGGGACCUGAGCUUGAGCGAAACCCCUUCACCCAGCAAACGCCAGUGCCGAUCUCGAUCCUGCUCAGACGAGCUGAGCUGGCGUUCCCCAUGGCGCCCGCAGGCCUCGCGCCUUUGGACGGCCGUCGAAAAACGUCGCUGCCACAGCGGGGGAGCCAUUCUGCCCUCGUCUUCAUAUUCGUCUUCUUCCAUCUUCUCCAGCAUGCAGAGAAGCUCCAGUUUCAGCUUUCCGACCCGCUCCAACCUUUCCGAGACUCCGUUUCCUCAAUCGUUCACCGCCAUGGCGUUUGACCCGCCCAACUCCCUUUGCUCUUCUCACGAGAGGAUUUGCCAGGCCGAGAUCGACGCCGCGCCGGAAGCAAGUUCUACAGACUCCACCUCCGAGGAAGGAGGACUCGCACGGAGCCAGUCGCAACCCUGCGUACUGAACGACCAGAAAAUUGGGAUGAAGCGCCGCAGACAGGACGAACCUCACAAACAGAGGCCUUCGCUGGAUUUGGCCAAGAUGACGCAGAGACAGAAUUUCCAGAGCCUCAGUUGCCCUCGCUUCAACUUUGACAACGGGUGUCAAUCAAGCCUGACUCCGCCCUCUUUUGGCAGCCCCUCUAAUCAGAGCGAGAAGGCGUAUCCCCUCAGCCUUAAAGAAGACGACUCGUCUGUGGUGGACGAAUCGGACACCGAUUGGACCAACGGGAAGGAGCGAGAGCCUCCGUGGGCGGAGCAAUGCGGGUUUAAAAGGGACGUGUUGGGCGGAGAACUCGAUAUCGAGCAGAUUGAGAGAAAUUGACCCUUUUUAUUUUGUUUUUUAUUUUUAUUUUUUUUCUGGAGGACAUCUAUACGUUCCGACCUCUCUCAGGUUCCUCGCGUUCUUCCUGUAGGUUUUUCCGGAGAAGCGAGGAAACCGUAGUGUGGGGGACGAGAAAAGGACUCAGGAGAAACGGACGCUCACGUACGGAAUUGUGGGACGUUAGGACGACUCAGGUUGAAUCUUUGAAAAGAAAAAAAAAACGUGCUCACGCUCUGUUGCAGAUAUUGUAGCUUUUUUAUUUUUCUUCUCGUUCAUUAAAGGAAGUAUGAAAACGA